AUGUCUAAUCACAGAUAUGGACUUCAAUUUAACAUUACGACUAGUAAUUAUUUGCACCUUCUCUUGUGUAUUCUACUCGCUGGUGAUAUAGCAACUAAUCCUGGACCUGCCUGCAAUUCUUCAUCUCUCGGAUUAAAAGUUCUGUAUUUUGAUGCUAGAAGUCUAAAAGCACUUGUUCACCCAACUGGGGACAACUCGGUAAAAAUUUGUAAAAUCUCGUUGCUGCAACAAUUGACAUAUAGCGGUAAUUACGACGUUGUAUGUGUAUGCGAGACUUGGUUAAACAAUUCAAUCUUAAGUAGUGAAAUCUUGCCUAAUUAUGGAUCUGUCUUUCGUUGUGACAGAGUUGGCAGAAUUGGUGGUGGUGUUCUUGUUGCUGUGAAGACUGGUAUACAAGUUACCCGUCGACAUGACCUGGAACCUGAAAACACCGAAAUUGUCGUUAUUGAAAUGUUGAAAUCAAACAGCAAACCAGUUGUACUUUAUACGUUCUACCGUCCUCCAAACUCUAUGCCUGAUGUUCUUCAGUCAUUAAAUAACUCCCUUCAAAGAAAUUCGGAAUCCAGCCGUGUUGUAGUGAUAGGAGACUUUACUGAAUCUACCAUCUGUUAA